AUGCUGUCGAUCCCGGAUCUGAUCAGGAAGAAGAGAGACGGAGAGCCGCUGAGCCACGAUGACAUCAGAGCCUUCAUCCAGGCUGUGGCUAAUCAGGACAUCCAGGACUGCCAGACAGGCGCCAUGCUGAUGGCAAUCUGGCAGAGGGGCAUGGUUGCCAAGGAGACUGAGGCGUUGACCAGGGAGAUGAUGUCAUCGGGGGAAGUGAUGUCAUGGCCAGAGGAGUGGGCGGGGCUUGUGGUGGACAAGCACUCGACCGGCGGCGUGGGAGACAAAGUCAGCCUGGUGCUGGCACCGGCACUCGCUGCCUGCGGGCUGAAGGUCCCUAUGAUCAGUGGGCGGGGCUUGGCUCAUACAGGAGGAACUCUGGACAAACUGGAGUCGAUCCCAGGAUUCAACAUCCAGCAGUCAGCAGCUCAGGUGCAGCAGAUUCUGGCCUCAGUGGGCUGUUGCAUUGUGGGUCAGACGGAGCGGCUGGUUCCUGCAGAUCGAGUCCUGUACGCCCUGCGGGACGCCACCAGCACCGUGGACAGCCUGCCACUCAUCACUGGUUCAAUUAUCUCAAAGAAAGGGGCGGAGUCUCUGACGGCUCUGGCUCUGGAUGUGAAGUUUGGACGAGCGGCGCUCUAUAAAGACCUGUCUGCUGCCAAGGAGCUGGCUCUCUCACUGGUGAACGUCGGGAACAGCUUGGGCAUUCGCACAGGGGCGGUGCUUAGCCGCAUGGACGCUCCUAUUGGUCGAUGUGUGGGCAACAGCGUGGAGGUGAUCGAAUCUCUAGAGACGCUGAAGGGACAUGGACCUGCAGACCUGAUGGAGCUGGUGACAUCACUGGGCGGCGUGUUGCUGCUGAUGACCGGGAAGGCGUCGGACCUAUCAGACGGUCAGAGGCAGAUUUCUGAGGCUGUGAUUGGUGGAACCGCUCUGUCCAAGUUCCAGGCCAUGAUGGAAGCUCAGGGCGUAGCCAAUGAGAUGGCAAGGUCACUAUGCUCCGCCCACACGGACUACUACAGCGUUCUGAGAAAAGCUCAACAUCAGCUGGAACUGAGGACCCCCAGAGAAGGCGUGGUGGUGGAUGUGGACGGUCUGGUCCUCGCCCAGGUUCUUCACAAGCUGGGGGCGGGGCGAUCAAAGGCUGGAGCACCUGUCAAUCACAGCGUAGGGGCGGAGCUACUGGUCUCACUCGGUCAAAAAGUAACAAAAGGUGUCUCCUGGCUGCGGCUGCAUUUCGAGCGUCCAGGUGUGACAUCACAGCAGGUGGAGCUCCUGCAGAGCGCUCUGACUCUGGGACCUGAGCCCAUCACACACACACCGCUGGUGUGUGAGCUGCUGCUGCCCCGCUGACACACACACAC